GCCUCUUGCAGCAGCCUAACCCAGAAGCUGGGGGGAAUCCUGAAUCGAGCUGAGAGGGCUUCCCCGGUUCUCCUGGGAACCCCAUCACCCCCCUGCCAGCACACACCUGACCAGGGAAGGAAAGCCAGAGGAAGCUCAGGAAUGGACUAACUGAAGACCAGAGACCAGGGCAGGAGACGCAUAACCUGCACCUUGAGGGCCAGGUUGAUACUUGCCGGCCUUAAUACCAGAGCCUCUGACAAGGACGAGAAACGGCAGCAUCACAGGACAUGGCCUCCCCCAGCUGCCCGGCUGUGGCCCAUCUACGAGUGGCAUCCCUUGUGAAGCCCUGAAGACAAACUGGACCAUCCUAGCAGAGUUUCAGCUUAGAGGACUACUCAACCAGGGGACUGGCUCUUGGGACGGUCCCCCAACCCACCUGGCUGCCAAUUAAGGCGGGGGCUUCAGAAGGCGGAGAUCAGCUUACGUAACUUUGGACAACAGUUCCAGGACCAAAGGGGGGGGGUGGGCCAACCACCCAAACCCCCUCUGGACGCAGGCCCCAUGCCCCGAGGAGAGGCAGCUUGAGGCCCCUUUGCAACACUUACCACCACCACGCCAGACUGCCUGCUCCCCCUUCUGACUGUGGCCUCUUGGCAUGGCCAGCAACAGCAGCUCCUGCCCGACACCUGGGGGCGGGCACCUCAAUGGGUACCCAGUUCCCCCCUACGCCUUCUUCUUCCCCCCUAUGCUGGGUGGCCUGUCCCCUCCAGGCGCGCUGACCACUCUCCAGCACCAGCUUCCAGUUAGCGGAUACAGCACACCAUCCCCAGCCACCAUUGAGACACAGAGCAGCAGUUCAGAGGAGAUAGUACCCAGCCCUCCCUCCCCGCCGCCCCUGCCCCGCAUCUACAAGCCCUGCUUUGUCUGUCAAGACAAAUCCUCGGGCUACCACUAUGGGGUCAGCGCCUGUGAAGGCUGCAAGGGUUUCUUCCGCCGUAGCAUCCAGAAGAACAUGGUGUACACGUGUCACCGGGACAAGAACUGCAUCAUCAACAAGGUGACCCGGAACCGCUGUCAGUACUGCCGGCUGCAGAAGUGCUUCGAAGUGGGCAUGUCCAAGGAGUCCGUGCGGAACGACCGCAACAAGAAGAAGAAGGAGGCGCCCAAGCCCGAGUGCUCCGAGAGCUACGCGCUGACCGCAGAGGUGGGGGAGCUCAUUGAGAAGGUGCGCAAAGCUCACCAGGAGACCUUCCCUGCCCUCUGCCAGCUGGGCAAGUACACUACGAACAACAGCUCAGAACAGCGCGUCUCUCUGGACAUUGACCUCUGGGACAAGUUCAGUGAACUCUCCACCAAGUGCAUCAUUAAGACCGUCGAGUUUGCCAAGCAGCUGCCCGGCUUCACCACCCUGACCAUUGCUGACCAGAUCACCCUUCUCAAGGCUGCCUGCCUGGACAUCCUGAUCCUGCGGAUCUGCACGCGGUACACACCCGAGCAGGACACAAUGACCUUCUCAGAUGGGCUGACUCUGAACCGGACCCAGAUGCACAACGCCGGCUUCGGUCCCCUCACCGACCUGGUCUUUGCCUUCGCCAACCAGCUGCUGCCCCUGGAGAUGGACGAUGCAGAGACUGGGCUGCUCAGCGCCAUCUGCCUCAUCUGUGGAGACCGGCAGGACCUGGAGCAGCCGGACAGGGUGGACAUGCUACAGGAGCCACUGCUUGAGGCGUUGAAGGUCUACGUUCGGAAACGAAGGCCCAGCCGCCCCCACAUGUUCCCCAAGAUGCUGAUGAAGAUCACCGACCUGCGGAGCAUCAGUGCCAAGGGGGCUGAGCGAGUGAUCACGCUGAAGAUGGAGAUCCCGGGCUCCAUGCCGCCACUCAUCCAGGAGAUGCUAGAGAAUUCGGAGGGCUUGGACACUCUCAGCGGACAAUCAGGGGGUGGUACACGGGAUGGGGGUGGCCUGAAUCCCCCACCGGGCAGCUGUAGCCCCAGCCUCAGCCCCAGUCCCAGCUCCCACAGAAGCAGCCCAGCUACCCAGUCUCCAUGAUCGUCUCAUCCUAUGGACACAGCCCUCGCCCCGGUCCUGGCUUUCUCUGCCUUCUACCAACCAACCGUGUGACCUGUAACAGCCCUGCCCCACCCCGUCCUCCCAAACAGAACUGGGGGCCUUCUCAAGGGAUGGGAGGAAGGAGGCAGCAGAUCUAUGGACAGAAGCCUGGGCCUGCGAUGGACUGCCCUCCUCUGGCAGCCUGGGCUGUCGUCAGGGACCAGGCAGUGAACCGCGUGAGGACCUGGUCCCGAGCCCCUGCCCACCUUGCCACAUCUUCAUCACCAGCAAAUGCCGGGACCUGGCUCCUUUGUCCUCUAAACUCAAGCCAUUGCUCCCCCGUUGUUGGGGAACCUUCCCCCUGCCUUGGUUGGUGACAGAGGGGUGGCCGGGGUAGAGGGGGUCCCCUUGUAUAUACCCUGCGUACCAACCCCCAGAUAUUAAUUCUCGCUGGUUUUGUUUUUAUUUUAAAUUUUUUUUUGGUUUUGAUUUUUUUUUUAAUAAGAAUUUUCAUUUUAAGCACAUUUAUACUGAAGGAAUUUGUGCUGUGUAUUGGGGGGAGCUGGAUCUAGAGCUGGAGGGGGGAAUCUUGGGGAGGGGUGAGGCUCAUAAGGGCUCCUUUCUCCCUCCACAUCCCUGUGGGAACCCCCACCCCUUCAGCCUUUUUCUCCUCAGUUUUCUCUAAUACUGUGAAAUACUAACUCCAAGGCCACCUUCCCCUCACGGCAGUGGGAGCAGCAUCCCCUUCUCCUGCCUAACCACUGGGUGUGGGUGUCUCGGGCAGUUGUCCCUGGAAGGAGGGGAUCCUGGCCUUUGGCCUCUGCCUCUGCCCACCGAGAAGCAAGGUAGAGGUGAGGCUAGAACCCCUCAGAUGUGUGGGGUGAGGGUUGCUCAUCACUCUGCCCACCAGGACCCACGUCAAGCCCUAGCCCCACUGUGAAGGGGCUGGCCAGGGGCUUCAAGCUGCCCCAUCCCCAGCCCCACAGCCACCAGCACCCCAACGGGGCCCUCCAGCACGCGUGCGCACACCCACAUACACCUACACCUACCCACCCACACGUGUACACACCACACACACACACACACACACACACACACACAAUGUGGACAGUAGAUGGCCACACACACUUGGCCUGAGUUCUCUAUUUCUCCCGCCUGCUCCCUGACCCUUCUGCCCCUCAUCAUGCCCCCUCCCUGCCCCGCAGGACGGGCCUCCAGGGGGGUCCUCUCCCUUCCCUGCACCCUAGGCUUGGGGAGCAGGCUCUGCCCUGCCCUCCUGCCUGGGUAGGGUCUCCCCCUCGGAACCCACUAGUGUACCUGUUACUGUUGGGUUCCCACUGAGAUCUACUGGAGAAAGAAUAAAGUUCUAUUUAUUCUA